ACAAAACAUGUUAUAAAACAACCAUUCUUUUCCAAAAGAACAUUCUCAGAAAAGAAGAAUCCUUUGUCUUUCUUGUUGCCAUGGAAGAGCACCAAGAGAAAACCAUCGUCACCAAGUUCGUGAAAUCUAAAUUUUUCUUUCCCAAAGUUAUUCGCAUUUCAGCAACGGAUCAGAACGCCACAGACUCCUCUAGCGAAGAAGACGACGAAGAAAGGAACCUUCACAGAGUUAAGAAGGUGGUUAGUGAGAUAAGAAUUGUGCAUGCAAACAGAACCAAAGGACACAACAAAAACAUCAACAAUAAUACUGAUUGUUGUUGUUGUUCGGCCAAAUACAACAAAACUAUGGAACAACACUACCAACGGGAAAAAUCAGAGUCCAAGUUUCGCGGCGUGCGGCAACGGCCAUGGGGACGGUGGGCGGCCGAGAUAAGAGACCCUUUCCAGCGGAAGCGAGUGUGGCUUGGAACCUUCGACACGGCGGAAGAAGCUGCUAUGGUUUACGACAGAGCUGCUAUAAGCUUCAGAGGUGUUGAUGCUGUCACGAAUCUCAUCAAACCGCCUCUGAAAGAGUGUGAAAGUGUUGUUAAACCGAAGAGUUGUUGUGCAUGCGCUUCACCAACUUCUGUUCUGUUGUUUCAGCCUUGGAUGGAACCUUUGUGUUUGGAAGAAACCUUCAAAGAAGAAGUGUUUGAUGGGUUAAACUAUGAAGUUGAUAGUUUAUUGUUUUCUGAUCAUGCUCUUUGUGAGCAACCUCUUCCUACUACGUUGUCUAAUGUUGAUGUAUCCUUGGAUGAGGAUCUUGAAUCAUGUAAAUGGGAUGUAGAUAGUUUUUUCAGUGAUGAAGCUUUUGAAUAAUGAGAUGUGGAUUAUUUCUAACUGGGUUAUAUUCCUUUUUCUUUUUUUCCUGAGAUUAGUUCAUUUUGUGUUGCUGAGUAGAGUUAAUCUAUAAGUUUACUUUCUAUUCAAAAAAGUUGUAUCCUUGUAAUUAGUUUACUCAGAAAGAUGCUUCUUUAUUUGUUCGAGGAAGAAACUUGUAAAUAAAGCAUGUGACAGUGGUAACACAGCUUUUGAUCUUUGGUGUUGCUAACUUUUAAAUGGAACAUGAUAACAAAUUGUGAUAAUAUAUUUUCUAAUAGACCAA